GUACCCACUGUAGGUAAACUAGCUCCAUCUCUACAAGCUGCAACGUUAAACGUGAUGCACACAAUAAUGCAUCAGUAAUUAUAAUUGAAUAUUAUAUACACUGACAUUAAGUCUGCAAUUCUGGAGAAACAGCACUUUUACUUUUAGUACUUUAAGCUUUGAUGCCAAUAUUUUUUGCAAUUUUAAUUAAGUUAUAUUUUGAUUGCAUAACCUAAACUUGUAACAGGGUAUUUUUACACUGUUGUAAGGGAUUUGAGUACUUCCACUAGUCCACACUGUCUUCCAAGUAUUUCCUGUACAAAUUCAUUUCAAUAGCAUCAUAAAUUCAUUAUCCUUUGUAUGACAGUUAUGGGGGGAAACUAUUUUACCAGCUGAACAGGUACACUGAUCUGUCAGUAGAGAGAAAAGCUAAGUCUGUUGGAGUCUGUGUUUGUGUGUAGGGGCUUGGAUUACUAUCUUUGUGAGAACUAAGUCCACUUUCCAACCAUCACAGAGGAGACACUUCUGCAUUGUGAGACAUUUAGUGGGUGCUCACUGUUAAAACGAUUGACUGAUGGUUUUAGGAUUAAGGUUUGGGUCAGGUGUUAUGGUUAAGGUGGUUUGGCAUUUAGGGUAAGAGGAUAGGAAAUGCAUGUCAGUGACUGCUGUCACAACUGGAGAACGACAGACGUGUGUGUGUGUGUGUGUGUGUUCGAGAGAGAGAGAGACAUCAAGAGAGAGAAGUGCAGCACUUGAGUCAGUCUUCGGUGAGACAGCAGUGAGGGAGAAUCAUGCCGCGCCUGUUCCUUUCCCGUCAGCCACUUUGCUGCCAUCAUCAUCACUGUCCUGUAAAUCCAACCAGACACAGCUGAGGAAUAAUGUCAGCGAACAGCAGCACGGGGACAGCACAGGUGAGGGACUACACCUGUGUGCGCUUCUACGUGUCCACCGCGUCCUUCUCGGUGCUUCUUUUUUUCAACCUCAUCAUUAACUGGACCAUAGUUCGCGAGGAGCGGUUUCGGAGUCAUGCCCGCUUCGUGCUGGUUUUCCACCUGCUGGUGUCCGCUCUUGUCCACCUGGGCAUGAGCAGUGUCUUCUACUACCAGAUCCACCUGGACGCACGGCCGGGGCGCACCGUCUGCCUGACCAUGAUCACGAUUUUGAUCAGCAGCGCCUCCAACAUCCUCCUGACGCUGACGGCGAUGGCUUUGGACCGUUACUGUGCUGUGUGCCAUCCCAUGCGCUACACCGCCACCUGCACCGCGAGGUACUGGCCCUGGUUGUUGGGUGUUCUCACCUGGCUGGUGGCUUUGGUCAUUCCCCUCAGUCUGCUCCUUCAACCAGACUCCCCAGCCAGCUACGAUGGGCAGUGCGGCCCGGAUCAGCUGAGGCAAGGAAAGCUGGAGAAGGUGCUGUUCAUAGGUUUGUGCACGGCGCUCAUACUCUACAGCUAUGUGAGGAUACUAGUGGAGGGGCGGCGGUUAGGGGUGCUCAACCAGCGGAACCGGGUCGGUUGCAGGACGAUCGCCUUGCACGGCACCCAGCUGGCCGUUUACCUCCUCCCCAACUUUGUGAACUUUGUGCUGACGAUCCUGUCCAAACGGAGAUUAAUCCAGGCAGAAACCAAAGAGCUGUCGGCCGUGGUGGUUUUUGCUUUCUUCAGCUUGGCGCAAUGCGUUGCGCCAGUUGUUUACGGAUUGCGAAAAGAGGAACUUCUGGAGCAGCUAAGUCACAGGUUCCCCUGCUGCUCCCGAUACUUGAAGACUGUCCUCGGCUGGACUGUGAGAGCCAACUGGCCACCCACCCACCACAGAGCACGGGAGCGAGCAAUGACAGCCCAGACAAUCAUCUCCCUAGAGGUCUCGCAAGUGGCAGAAGAGGGGGAGGAAACUAGGCCGAUGUCAGUCAGGACCUCGUCACAUGACUUAUUCUCAUGUCAAGGUGAUAAAGAUGGCACCUGAUGGGUAAAAGAUGGUGGAUGCCAGGAUGUCAACUGCCACCGGAAAGUUUGGUCAAGUGGCUGGGGAACUAAAAGGAGCCAGCCAAAGGAAUCUGAUUGGACUACUCGGUUGAGUCCGGACCAGGGAAGAUUCAGACCAGGACGUGUGACAACAAAGGGCAUGAACACGCUUCUACUUUGCUCUGUUUUUGGCCUGUGUGGCUCACGCUGACUGAGAGUGAAGGUGCCCAGUGGCCAACAGUAGAAGACAACACGAUAUCAGGAGAACGGGUCAGUUCUCUUUUUGUAAACAUUCCUGCCUGGUCCAAUGAUUUAAGACCAAGUCACAAGUCAACUUCUAUAACUUCGGGGCUAUAACCAGCCCAGCAUCAUUUGGGAUUCAAAUUAUUGUGCUUGAGGAUAUAAUUUAACAUAUGGUCUGAUGAACAUUGUUUCCACGUCUUCUGAAGCUUGUGGAUUUUGAAACUUGUAUCUAAUGGUUUCAGAACAUUUCCAGCAGCAGAGGGGAGGUGAUGCACACAACACGUCUUCAUGUCUUCAUUCAGUGUGGCAGUAAAUAUAUGAAGACAUCUCACGGUUCAUUUCACAUUUUUAGCAAAAGUUAAUAACAUUCAGAAAUGCUUCUUCACGUCCUCACAGAGAAGUUAGAUGAGAAGCUUGAUAUGACUCUCAGGGAUCAUGGCUUCAUUCCCAAAGUACUGACUUUACUAAGUGGUGUUCUAAGUAUUGAUUAGGGGAGUAAAGAUAAACAAGGAUUUGUAAAGAUAAACAAAUGUGAAUCGGAAAAUCGAUACGAGUCAGAUGUACACCCCAUCUCCUGCUGGCAUUCAAAACACGCCUCCUUAACAAAGCAGGUCUAGGAAAGACACACAGUACAGAUAGCUGCAGGAGUAAACAGUGCUAGUAGCCACUUCAGAGUGCAGAACAUGCAGCACUUGUGUCAAACAUACCAGGAGCACAACCAAACGAGGUCAACACAUUGAACUGAUGGAAACUAUUUGCUGUGAGUCAGACUGAGGCCAGUGGGCAAGCAAAGGAGGCCUGUGUCAGCAGCUACAUUCACAGGACAUUAGCUGAUAAUUCUACCGUGUUGGGUUGAACUCAGUAACUGAAGCUAUAAGCUGUUUCAUUUGCAAGGACAUGUGUUGUUGACAAUGUGGGAUUUGGACAAAUGACAGCGACUCUGAAGCUGAGGCCCACAAUAACCAGUCAGCAGGUUUUAGGUGAAAGAUGCAGUCCAGCUCUGUAUGAUGUGGUGAAACAGCAGCUGGAGGUUUACCAGUCCCCAGCGCCCAUUGUUUACUACUGUUAAAAAGAGAAGACAUCAUGUUUCAUCUAUUUAGCUACUAACCGGCCACUUUAUUAGGUACACCUGUACCAUUGUAUGCACUUCAACAACACUUCCACUUUAA